CGUUACCCUGAGACUUAUGAGGAGACAAGAGACUGGGCCAUCAAAAUUGAAAAAUUUGAAAAGAGCGAUGAGUUCGACAUAAAGAAGGCCAGUGUGAUAGGGGAAGAAUCGACGUACCAAACCGAUCCCGCUGUUGAUGAGCUGGCUGAUGCCUUCUCUGACCUCAAGAUCUGUCGAGUUAGUCCGGGUGGUCAGGGCGAAAAGAACCCUGAAAGAAUUUACAAAUUGGAAGCUACUAUAAAUGAGCUUACAAGGACACUCCUAUUAAACAAUAAUCCUUCACCUUUCGCUUAA